GAGUGUCAUGGCGGCCGGCGUCGACUUGGCAGGAAUUGCCCACGGAACUGGGGAAACUCACCAAAGCGGAGGAAGCAGUGACCCAGUCCGGACGGUGGGAAGUCGUGGGAAUGAGUCGAGGCCCCGCGUGGGUGACGGUGUCACUAGAGGCGGGCUCCUGGUAAAGUUCCAGGCCAGGCCUCUGCGUUUCCAGGCAGAACCCGGCCCUUGGUGGGAGCCGCCCCCCCCCCCCCCCCGCGCGAAGCCGGCGUUGCCAGGGAACCCCGCCUUGUGCCGUGGAAUUCCGACUGUUUGGAUGUGGGCUAGUCCCGUGAAGGCCGACGUUCGAGGACAUUUGGCGGGGUUGUCCGACGGCGCUGGACGCUUUUCUCGGAGCUGACGGCGUCGUUCUCUAAACCCGCAGCGAUGUCGUCCUGGCUUGGGGGCCUCGGCGCCGGCGUGGGCCAGUCUCUGGGUCGAGCGUGGGGUAGCCUGGCUUCCCUUAGCGGCCAGAUUUCAGAUUUGACAAAAGAGAUGUUGAUGGAGGCCUCGGAGGAAGUGGAAGAAUUACCUAAUUCUAGGAGAACGGAAAUUGAAGCCAUUCAUGCAGUCUUAAAAUCAGAGAAUGAAAGUAUGAAAAAACUUUGUACCAAUCUGGAGGAGAAGCAAGAAGCCUCAGAGCUUCAAAUAAAGCAGCAAUCUACAAAUUACCGAAAUCAACUACAACAGAAAGAGGCAAAGAUUUUUACAGUUACUUCAUAUUCAUUUUACUGUAAUGUAUUUAGGAAGGUUUUUAAGAGUUUAUAAUAUAAAUCAAGCUAUCUUGAUCCAUAAAAAAUUGAAAGGGUGUUGAAUUUAAUAAUUCCCGACUCAUUUUGAUAACACUAAUUUAACAAGAACUUUCUAAGCUUUCAACUAAGUUUAUA